AUGAAUAACGAAACAAUAGUCGAUGAGGAUCAUGAGAGCCAAACCCCAUCAUCAUCAUCAUUAUUACCGACGAAUCAACAUGCAUCUCAUUCUGAGCUUGUGACAAAAAUUUAUUAUCCUGAUACAUUAUAUCCCGAUAAUUAUUCAUUUUUUGCAGAUCGGGGCAAUACACCAUUAUCAAGACCAAAAUCCUCAUUACCUAUGGACACAACCAUUCAAUAUCCAACUAAUACUGUCGAUCAAACAGAUUCUCCAACAGUAAUAUCAACUGUAUCUAAACAGGCAACAACUGAAAUUGAGACUAUUGAGCAACCAAGAAAAUAUUCCUCUCCAAUGAUUGAUCGAGAACGUGGUGAAUCUGAAUCUGAAAAGCGUCGAUUCGAUGUUAAGCGUUAUGUACCAACAGCAUUACGUGCUCAAGAUAAAACUCAACCACCUGGUGUCUUGUUAGAUCCUCGAUUUUAUUCAAUGAAAAAGACAGCUAUGACUAUCAUGUGUCUAUUGAUUAUCAUCAUGAGUAAUAGUGUACAACUAAAACAUGUUCUUAAACAAGGUCGUACACAUGCAUUCUAUGGUACUCAAGUAACACUUGGCAUUGUUUCGGUUCUCAUGUGUGCUUCGAUUGGUGUGAUUCUGAUUGAGUUGAUUACAAAACAUUGUAUUGUACUUGAACAAUGGAAAGAAAGUAAUCAAUAUCAUCAAGAUAGAGAUGAUAUUUUAAAUGAUUUUCAUACAGAAUUAAGUCGUCUUCAAUCAUCAAAUAGUAUUACAUUUCGUCAAGAAAUAAAUAAAGUUACAACAUUAUUACGCACUAAUGUUAUAAAUCUUAAUGAAUCAAUUUUAACAUUUUUUCUUGAUUAUUUUAUUCAAUUAUUGAAACAAUGGCGUGAUUUAAUAUAUUUUAAUGAUUCAAACGAUUCAGAUAUAUUUGAAAAUUUAUCAAUCAUUUUAAAAUAUCAUUCUGAUGAUUUGAUGAAUGAAUUAUUAGUUCAAGAAUUUAUUCAAUGUCUUAUCACAAUUGCACGUAUUGGAAAAGAAAUGUUUACAAAUCGAAAUAUCACAGUUAUAACUCGUAUGCUCAAGGCUUAUACUGAUAUAGAGAGUUCUAAUAAAUCUCAAUUUAUGGAAGUGUCACAAUUUGAUGAUAGUAUAAUAAAAUGUCUGUACACACCAUAUACUAUUGAAGUUUUUGCUCAAUUUAAAUUAUCAGUUAAAUCUGAAGAACGUACACCAACAGAAGAUUUUGUAUUUAAUGGCUUGUUCGAUCAUGUUUCACUUAUGAAUAGAGAAAAACUUCAAGAACAAGCGCUUGAUUUACGUAAACAUUUACUUACAUCAAUAAGUGAUUUACUUGAUACAUUUGAAAUAUCGCAUGAUGAUUGGUCGGAAUCAGCUGUUAAAAUCUUUACAGAUUUAACAACAUUAUUUCUCUAUUCUGUACAAAUGACUAUAGUAAAUGAUAUAGGUCUUGACGUACAAAAACAUAUUUGUGAUACUGCUAUUCGUAUUCUUGUUAUUCCAACAUAUCGAUCAAUGAAACUUAAUAACAAUUGUCUUCAAUAUAUUUAUAUGGGAACAUCAAAUGACAAAAUCUUAGAUCAUUUAAAAAGUCAAAAAUUAACACCAACUAUGUUUAAUAUAGCUAAUUUGUUUAAAAAUGAAGGAGAAAUUCAAUUUAAUGUUUAUCGAAUAUUAGCCGCGAUUAUGACCGAAGAUGAUAUCAAACGGCUUGAUGAUCCGGGAGCUAUAGCUAAAGUAUUUCUUGAUCAUUUAACAGAGAUAACAGAUCGUUUAGGAUGGGAAGUAAGAAUAAAAAAUCUAUUGACUAGCUUAAAAAUUUUAUUACAACAUGAUCAAAUACGAGAUGAAAUAUAUAAACAAAAUGGUGUAUCACUUUUUAUUUAUUGUGCAACUACAACAAAAUAUGAUGCACUUAUUCAACAACGAGCACUUGAAAAUCUUUUAAUAAUGUCAUUUCAUGAAAAAGUUCAUUUAAAUUUAAAAGAAAAUACCACUCUCAUGACAUAUAUUAAAUCUAUAUCAAAAAAUUCUACUGAAUCAGAUCUACAACGAGCAGCUCAAAGUUUAUUAUGGAUAUUGACAAAAGAUGAAACAUCGAAAGAAUUAAUAGAUAAUCAAACAACAGAGACGACUUAUGACAUAAUGAUUAGUUAUUCACAUAAAGAUAAAGAUUUAUGCUUUCAGCUUUAUGAUCGUUUACAAAAAGAUAAUUUUCGUGUGUGGUUAGAUCGUGAUCAAAUGCAUGGAACACCCCUUGAAUCUAUGUCAAAUGCAAUUGAAAAUUCGGAAUUUGUAUUUCUCUGUAUGUCGGAUGCAUAUAAACAAAGUGGAUAUUGUAAAAUGGAAGCAUAUUAUGCACUAGAACGACAAUGUUGUAUUAUUCCACUAGUUAUGAAAUCACAAUAUAGACCUGAUGGAUGGCUUGGAAUUGUUGUUACAGGAAGAAUGCGUAUCGAUUUUCCAAAAUAUGGCUUUGAAGAUGCUUAUAAUAAAUUAAUGAUUGAGAUUGAUCGAAAUCGAAAAGAGAGAAAAAAAGAGAGUCAUUCACAUCAUCAUGAUUUACCAGCGACUACUAAACCAUCUGAUAACACUUCGGCUAAAGAAUAUAAAGUAAUAGAAAAAAUGAUAUUUCAAGCAAAAAGUGAUCAUUGUUUACCGUCAAAUAUUGAACGAUGGACAAUCGAUGAUGUACAGCAAUUUAUAAUUAAACAAAAACUUGAAAGUUUUUUACCUAUAUGUUCACAAAUGAAUGGUACACGUCUUGUUCAAUUAUAUCAAAUGUGUAUGAAGAAUUCACCAGUGAUGUUUCAAUCGCUCAAUAAUCAACUUACUAUGACGAAUAUUGAAAAGACAAAGUCUACAAUUGAAAUUAUUGAAUACUUGCAGUUUUUGGAUGAUCUUAAACCUUUUGUACCGAUUUCAUGUGAAAAAACAGAAGUGAUUGGUACUCGAUCGGCUCUGUGCAUACUAACGUGA